UUUUGAAACUAGGUUAAAGCUUCCCAGAUGGAAAAAUAUGUGAAGUCAAAAGGUUGGGAAUCAGGAAAGACGACAAACUAAUUGGGGGAAGGAGGCGACCACAGUGGAAGAAGAUCAUAGUAGAGAACAGCAAAGAAAGCUUAUCGAAACGUUCUGCUUCAGGGAUUCUCCUCCUGAAGAGGACCUGGACAGGAAGAGGAAAACGAAGGGAUUAACAAGUUUGGGAAUACAAAACGGAACCUACCAGCAACAACAUUAGACAGAACUGAAACGCAUGCUCAGGAUGUCAGUGUCUCGCAAAUGCUUGUGCUGCGUCAAAUAUGUGAUGUUUGUCUUUAACCUCAUCUUCUGGCUGGGAGGAUGUGGAUUGUUUGGCGUUGGAGUCUGGCUGUCCUUCACACAGUCCGAGUUUUCAUCUCUUCCUCUAUCCUUCCCAUCGCUCUCGGCAGCCAAUCUGCUGCUUAUUGCUGGCGGGAUCACCAUGGUAACGGGCUUCCUUGGCUGCCUCGGAGCCCUUAAGGAGCAACGCUGCCUGUUGUUCAUGUUCUUUGUGAUCCUGUUGCUCCUUGUCCUGACAGAAGUCGCUCUAGCACUGGUUAUACACAUCUUUCGAGAUCGGCUGGAUUCCAAAGCACAAGGUCAAUUAAAGGAGGGAAUGACAAAUUAUGAAUCACAACCUGGGCUGAAAAAAUCUUGGGAUAAUGUCCAAAAAAUGUUCAAAUGUUGCGGCGUUACAAACAAAACCGACUGGUAUGAAGUGCUCAAUGGAACACUGCCAUCGUCCUGCUGCUCCGUCGGGAUUGACCAAUGUACUGACGGAUGGAGUGAGUGCUUCUGUGUCAUCAGCGAGUGGUACUCCUGCCAUCAUUUGAGAACGGUGGAUCUUCGCCCAGCCACGCUGCCAAGUCAUGUGUGGAGUAACUUUGUGUGGGGUCUUUGGUAUGUCAAUGAGCUGCACUGUUGCAUCUCAAUCUGACAAAAUUCAGAACGGCUCUCUCACAGACACAUUUUUAGAAAUAGGCAACUAACAAAUAUUUACCAAGUUGUGGGCAGGCGCACCAGAGACCCUACUAUUUGUAUACAAACAAUCCAAAAGUAAAUUUUGUCUUUCUUCACUUUAAAGCAGCAAAGUGAAUUGUAACAUCCUGGAAAAAUAAAAAUACUGUAUAUAAAAAAAAUCUAAAUCGAAUC